CCUUCCUCCCCCAAGGGUAUAUAUUCUGGCCUCCGCCUGCAGCCGCAAGAGCUACUGCUAGUGCGCUACUGACGUUCCCGCCCGAGAGUUAACAGCAACCACAACUUUUCAAAUGGUGAACGCCGUGAAAGUCUUCAAGAAAACAGCCCCAAAUGGUAAGAUCACUGUCUACCUUGGCCGCCGCGACUUCGUCGACGAUACCCUCUCCACUGAGCCUGUCGAUGGUGUAGUAGUCGUCGACGAUGACUACCUCAGGGGCCGCAAGGUCUUCGCUACCGUUACGAUCACGUACCGUUUCGGUCGCGAAGAGGAUGAGGUCAUGGGGCUGCACUUCAGCAAGGAGAUGCAGCUGACGGCCCAGGAGAUCUACCCCACCACCAAGAAGCUGAACGCCACCGAGGUACAGGACAGGCUCCUCAAGAAGCUGGGGGGUAAUGCCUACGCCUUCGCCGUCGUCAUCCCCGAGAACGCCCCCUGCUCCGUCCAACUCCACCCUGGCACUGAAGGAACGGCCAAGCCCCUAGGAGUCAUCUACGAGCUGAAGGUCUUCGUCGGGGACAAUGCUGAAGAAAAGCCCCACAAAAGGAACUCCGUCACCCUGGCCGUCAGGAAGGUGCAGUAUGCCCCUGUUGACCAGAGCAAACGCCAGCCCAGCACUCUUGUCAGCAAGAACUUUACCUUCUCCUCUGGAACCCUCAACAUGGAGGUGAACCUGGAUAAGGAAGUGUACUAUCACGGGGAGCACAUCACUCCCAGCGUGGUCAUCACCAACAGCAGCAAGAAGACGGUCAAGGGGAUGAAGUGUUCCAUAGUGCAGCACAUCGAAGUCACCAUGACCAACAGCCAGUUCACCAGGGAGGUGGCCUCGCUACAGACCAACGAAGGCUGCCCCAUCCAGCCCGGCGGCCGCUUCCAGAAGACCUUCCACAUCACCCCACACGCCUCCAACAAGCCCAGGUUCGGUAUCGCUCUCGACGGCAAAGUCAAGGAUAGUGAUGUUAACCUGGCCCCGUCGACCCUGAUGCGAGAGGGCACCAACCCCAACGACGCCCUGGGCAUCGUGGUGUCCUACAGCGUCCGUGUCCGCCUCAACUGUGGUGCCCUGGGAGGCGAGCUGGUGGCUGACCUGCCCUUCAAGCUCAUGCACCCCGGCCAAGGCUCCACAAAGAACGAGAACGGAGACAUCGUCUUUGAGGACUUCGCCCGUCUGCGUCGCGGCGUCAGCGUUGACAACCAGCUGUAAGACCCGUCGUCACCACCCGCCUUCACCACCUGGCGCCUGCAGGCAAUACAAGCAGGCCAGCGUAAUCAUUUGGGAAAAACCUUUACGAAUUCGCUUUACUAUCGCAGUUAACUCACCCCGAACGAACGAAGAUGGCGGCUGAAUCUACAUCGUUCUUGCAGUAAUUUGUCCCUGAAGAACAACCCUAAAGGCUCAACCCAUUUGCAUUGCCUAUUUUCAGAGUUAUAAAAAAAUAAGUGACAUUAAUUCUGCUACUAAACCAAUUAUAAAUAAGCAUCACUGAAUCUGCAAGAGUGAACAUCUGCAACAUUCGCCGCAUCUGACACAUCCAACAACAAGAGGAGAGGCAGGAGGCCUACCUCACAACCUAACAUCACAAGAAUACGUUUAAAACCACAACAUCAAGACUCAAGACUCCUCACUGCUGGAGCGCUAAUUGUCCAAUAUAUAUAUCCACGCUUAACCUCCUUCAAGUAAUCAGUAUGUCACUAUGUUAUCUGGAACUAUUGGCUAUUAUGUGUAUAACUUAAUAAAUUUUAGACAUUA